AUAGUCCAUCCGGUGGCACUGUACAGAAUUCAGGUGGUGUUGCUGAUAGCGGACGUCAGCGAGAUGGUAGGUGUAGUGUUGUAUUGUUUCGUCCCACAUGGACGAUGAAGUUGGCGUAUGGCGAGCGUUCGUGUUGUUUCCAUAACAUGCCUCAAUAGCCGGGUAGUGAGACUCGUAAUUGUUUUGAAUGUUGAUUGCCGUUGCGUGUUGCCUGCGGUGUUUACAGGUUGUCGGCAAUGGUAUCAUUCAAUGUGCGCACCCUAAUUAAUAUGAGAGCAGAAGUCACCAUGUACCUUAGGUGGCUUUUUGCUCAUUAGCCUAGGUACGUUCUCGCCCAUUAAAACUAUUGCUUGAGACACAAAAUCCGCGAAAUCAAUAGAGGUAUGCUAUUUUUCUCAAAGGGACUGGACAUUAUUUUCUGGGGACUAGCUAGGAACUCUGUUGAUGACUCAAACAGUACAAAUUGUGUUGUAGGUUAUCCACCUGGCAAAUAUUUAAUUUACCGAGCAAUUGGAGAUAUUCGUAUACAAUGUGCAGAGUUUUAAUCAGACCACUUGUAAAUUGUAAUUCACUAAAGAGUUUAUAAUUAAGUCUUAAAUGGUCUGCUUGGUUGUAAUAAAAUAACGCGGUGAGACUGACUCAUCUUAUGACGGUUUCUGGAUCUCCAACUACUUUCGACGAGUAAUCAAAUCCUGCAAUUCUUCGCCAACUAGCGUCCCAAGUGGCUAACCAGAAGUCCUUCAAGAGAAAACUUGACAUACUAUUGACACCUCAGGGUAGUUCGCACUAUAACUUGCCGAUUUCUCACUGGCUCGCUAAAUAUGCUUACGUCUACCUGAAGGCUUCGGUGGUCCCCUGCUUCUAGAUACGAAAGUGCAUCAAGCGAAAACUUAUAUCCUGUCCACAAUUAUUUGAACAACUAACCUCACGAUUUAAACAUGUCUCCCCACCUUUAAAACAGUUCACAAAUGCCAUUUGGUAGUUGUCUUAGUUAAAAGCCAUAAGGUCAUUUGAUAAGGGGUCCAAGUUACACAUGCGCUGCAAUACUUGGGCUACAAAGUACAAUCCUAUUUUAACCAUAAUUACUUGUAGCUGUUGCCUCAGCGUGCUAGAUUGUGGUUGUUGAGUCCGAAGACUACAUGUAUUGGGAGUUGCAUGUUAAGUCAUCAACGAAUUGUCGACUUAUCCAUAACGCUUGUCCAUGUGCUUCAUAGAUUGUUUACAUUUAUAUUCUGUCAAGUUGCUCGCGAGUACUUUAAAGCAAACAGGAUGAUUUUUGAAUUUUCUCCCCUAGGUGAAAUUCACGGUAGAUGAGUUGCGUCGGAUGAUGGAUUUUAAGCGGAAUAUCCGCAAUAUGUCCGUUAUAGCACACGUAGAUCAUGGGAAGUCCACACUUACAGAUUCACUUGUCUGCAAGGCCGGCAUUAUUGCUGACUCACGCGCUGGAGAUGCUCGGUUUACAGACACUCGGAAAGACGAACAGGAAAGGUGCAUCACUAUCAAAUCAACAGCCAUCAGCUUAUAUUAUGAAAUGCCUGAUGAAGAUGUCCAGUGCGUUAAAGCGAUUCAACCCAUCGCUGUUAACUCAGAAGGAAAAGAAGAAAAAGGGUUUCUCAUAAACCUCAUAGAUUCACCGGGGCACGUCGAUUUCUCCUCAGAAGUCACUGCAGCCCUUCGUGUAACAGAUGGAGCUCUUGUCGUAGUUGAUUGUGUAUCAGGUGUGUGUGUACAAACCGAAACGGUUUUACGUCAGGCUCUCACAGAACGAAUCAAACCAGUAUUAUUCAUGAAUAAGAUGGAUAUGGCAGUCACAACUCUGAACUGUGACAUGGAAGAACUUUAUCAAAAGUUCCAGAGAGUGAUCGAAAACGUUAACGUCAUAAUUUCAGAGUUUGAAACAUCUAAUAGCACAAUGGGUGAUCUGGCGUUGGAUGUUGUGAAAGGGACUGUAGGUUUCGGUUCCGGUUUGCAAAGUUGGGCGUUCACAUUGAUGACAUUUGCUAGACUUUACUCAAGCAAAUUCGGAAUUGAACCAAGUGUAUUGGUUAAACGUUUUUGGGGUGAUAACUUCUACAACGUUAAAACAAAAAAGUGGACCAAAGAAAAACCAGCUUCUGACGGCGUUCGUGGCUUUAACCAGUUUAUACUGUCACCGAUCUACAAGGUUUUCGAUACUAUCAUGAAGAAAAGUAAGGAAGAACAAGUCGAAUUGCUAACGAAGAUGGGUGUAACGCUAAAUGAAACUGAAAUGUCUCUUCCUGACAAACAACGACUGAAAACAGCAUUACAUAAGUGGCUUCCUGCUGGCGACUCGCUCCUGCAAAUGAUAUGCAUUCAUCUUCCUAGUCCUGUCACUUCACAGCAGUACAGAGUAGAAAUGCUUUACGAAGGACCUAUGGAAGAUGAAGCAGCUAUUGCAAUGAAAAACUGCGAUCAGAAUGGUCCAGUCAUGAUGUACAUUAGUAAAAUGGUGCCGACUUCAGAUAAAGGUAGGUUUUAUGCAUUUGGUCGUGUGUUCUCUGGUACAAUCGGGACAGGACAAAAAGUAAGAAUAACUGGUCCCAACUACGUUCCAGGGAAAAAAGAGGAUCUUUACGAAAAGUCUAUUCAACGAACUGUACUUAUGAUGGGUCGUUACACAGAAGCAAUUGAGAAUGUUCCUUGUGGAAACAUCUGUGGGUUGGUAGGAGUGGAUCAGUUUAUUGUCAAAACUGGCACCAUUACAACAUUUGCGGGGGCUCAUAACUUGAAGCAAAUGAAAUUUAGUGUCAGUCCUGUAGUCCGCGUUGCAGUUGAAUGUCAAAAUCCUGCCGAUUUGCCAAAACUUCUUGAAGGCUUGAACCGUCUUUCCAAAAGUGAUCCUAUGGUCCAAAUAACGCAAGAGGAGUCGGGUGAACACAUCGUUGCAGGUGCUGGUGAGCUGCAUCUUGAAAUUUGCCUCAAGGAUCUCAAGGAAGAUCAUGCUUGCAUUCCUUUAAAAAUAAGUAAUCCCGUAGUUUCAUAUCGUGAGACAGUAACAGAGGAGUCAAAUCAAACAUGUCUGUCGAAAUCCCCUAACAAACAUAAUCGUCUGUAUAUGCGUGCCUUACCUUUAUCAGAAGAAUUAGCACAGGACAUUGAUGAUGGAAAAAUCACUGCUAAUCAAGACGUAAAAGAUCGUUCUCGUUAUCUAAUAGACAACUACGGAUGGGAUGCUACAGAAGCUAGAAAGUUAUGGUGCUUUGGUCCAGAGAACACAGGACCUAAUGUUGUGGUCGAUACCACUAAGGCAGUUCAAUAUUUAAAUGAAAUAAAAGAUAGCGUUGUCGCUGCGUUCCAGUGGGCAACUAAAGAAGGUGUUCUUUGUCAAGAACACAUGCGUGGAGUCCGUUUCAAUCUCAUAGAUGUAGUACUGCACGCAGAUGCUAUCCACCGUGGAGGUAAUCAAAUCAUCGGUACAGCACGUCGAUGCUUCUAUGCCUCUGUUCUUACUGCCAAACCAUGCUUACUAGAACCAGUUUAUCUGGUAGAAAUCCAAGGACCAGCCACUGCUAUGGGAGGCAUCUACAGUACUUUGAAUCGCAAGAGGGCCAUUACACUUUCAGAAGAACGAAAAACUGACAGUCCAAUGUGUAUUACCAAAGCUUAUAUGCCGGUUAAUGAAUCUUUCGGCUUCACGACUGAUCUUCGUGCUGCAACUGGCGGGCAAGCUUUUCCUCAGUGUGUCUUCGACCACUGGCAAAUUUAUCCUGGUGAUCCUCUCGACGAAAACUCAAAGCCUGGACAGGUAGUUGUGGAAGCGCGAAAACGUAAGGCUCUAAAAGCAGGCGUUCCUCCCUUAGAUAACUUCUUGGAUAAACUAUAACACCUGACCUUGUACAAUGUCUAUUAAUUAAUAAAUUGAUUUCUUCAUUGGCUUGUGAGUUCAUUUACCAACGGUGUUUAGUGUUUGUCCUCAAAGUAUUUUGUUGGUUUUUAGUUCUUGUAAGUGUUGCUUGUUAGGUUUUAUGGUAUCACAUAGUGCUUCUCAAUGCACUCAAGGACAAUACAUUAUAUGUUUUAAUCUCUAAUAGUUACUAACUUUCUUAAAACUAUUCUGCUCCAUUGUCCAGGCGAUAGUUAUAUCUUGUUGGAAAUAUGUCGGUAGGAUGAUAUAAACAUGCCACUUCAGAGCGUACUGCAACUCAAAUGUUUAUGAGGGUUAGGAAAUAAUAUAUACCUUGAUAGGUUUCAGUAUAAUUUUCGAAUGAUCUAUGAUGAUUUGGUGUUGCGUGAGUGGUUACUGGGAUCUUAUGUAGCUUUAACGAUGACUUUCAGUUCGGAGCUUAGUCGCUGGUUAGUGUUAUUUCAUGUCGGUUUGGUUUGUCAUGUACUUUGCGUAAAACGAAUUGGGCGUGAUUCUUCCUUAAUGUGUCUCCAUAAUUGUCAUUUCACAGGUAGUUAAUAGCUGUUGGCUUAUAUGCCCACUCCCAAUCAUCUUGGAAGUCGUGAUUCUUGCGACUGCGUUGUCAAAUUUCCAGGCAGGAAGGAUUUUCAUUUUCGUUCCGAAUGAUAUCGGGAACAGGUUUUGUCGACCUUCAAGUUUUAUCAGCUUUUCUGUGUAUAAGCUAGUCGAGUGAUACAGCUCUUGAUAACUCAUUCAUUUGCUAAGUAUGCAUCCUAUGAACCGUUGCUUAAGGGUGAGAAACAACACGGUUCCCUAAAUCGAAGUAGGCGGUAGGGUUGGCCGUGUCGAAAAUCGAGUGCUAGUCUGUGUCUAAUUCUUAUCCCUGGCUGGUCAGGUUAUCAAGACAAGGCAUAAGAUAGUGGUCGGCCGUCUACGGUCUUUCAUGUAAGUUUCUAGAAUCCCUACUCUUACUCAUCUGUCGAAUAUCUGUCAUCAAUGUGUAUGAAAAGUAUUAUAUGCAGAAAUUAGGACUUGAAGGAUAGUAGAUACUUAGUGCGAUCGUGUUGUAUGGCUGCAUUUUUCGAAAUGAGUGAUAAUAGAAGUUGUACCCAGUGACAAUCUGAUUGGGAAAAGGUGGGCUCUGAUAUCUCGUGUAGUCAUACAAGGGUGUCUAUGGAGAAAUAAACGGGGUUUUCGGGUGUUGCAUUUUGAUGUCCUGUGAAUUCAGUGACUUGAAUGACUUCAGGGAGACGCAUUUUGACCAAACAAGUUCCUCUCAUUUUAGCGUCAACCCAGUUGAUGUAGUACAUCAAAGUCUGCGUGGACUGGGUAAGAUAAGUAGCUGUCGUAACCGAUGUUAAUUUCACAAAAUAAUCCUCGGUAUUGAACAUGGAUUGUCUGCAAGUGCCCUUGGGUGUCAGGCAGUUGUAAAAGGUACAUUGAACCGUCCACAUUCCUGGUUAUCAAGUCAAGCAUUUUGAAAAUCGGGUUUGUUUAUAAAAAACGGCAUCCGCCGGAACCAGUUCCGAGUUUGAUAUUUCACAGUGUGUUAACUGUUUCCUAGGCAUCUUGCAUCCUAAUAGUUUCCGUUACUUUGUUGGUAAAAUCCAAAUUCAUUUCAAUAUGAUUUUUAGGAUCGCAAUUCGAACCUCGAUUAAUAGUCAGCUCACAAUCAAACGAUAGCAAGUGUUGGUUUGGGCGUAGAAGGGCAAUUGUGUUUAUGUCAGAAUAUUUAUUACAUGUAGGGAUGAUUCGCCUUCAAUGAAGGGUGUAGUUUGUGACUACGGACUUCAUUUUAAAGUGCCUAUUCAAGAUUUGAACCGAUUGAUAACUAUAAGACAGGACUUAUGUAAAAUCUGGUAUAAUCCAAUCGAUACUUUUAUAGUCAUAAGAAAUAAUUGCUGUUGUCUAAAACUGUUCUUAAUGAAUCAAAUCACUCAAUAAAUGUAAUGCUCAAUUACCUGUCGUGUUUUUUUAUCAUCAACCACAUAAGUCUGGUUCAUACUAUGGAUUAGGUUGAUCAUUAAGUAAUUCCUCAUGGUCAGUCAGUUGCGCUUUUUUUCUUACAGUGAGUGAUUCAUGUAUUGAUGACUGAUUUAGUUGUCUCCACAGGAAUACGAAGCUAAGUAGUCGAUUUGUUCGCUAAUAACUGGAGAAACUGGUGGACCUAGGAAAGUAAAGUAGAGAUGCUACCUAGUGUCGAGACCUAAAGGUUGGGGUUAGAUCCUCGGUGGAGCAGUGGAUACCCACUGUCAGGGAGUUCUAUACUAGGGUGAAACAGCUGUUGUGUAAAUACAGGCAUUCCGUAAUGUGAAGUUAACAAUCUCGCCAACUACCUUACACUGUUAACGUUGUUUAAAGACUUGAAUUGAAAGAUAAUUAUGUAAUUAAGUAAAUAUUUCUGACAACGCAGAAUUCCGUGUGGCUACACUGGGAAACUAGUACCUACCAAUAGUUAUAAAGUGUGAAAUUUCAACACUGAUUGGUUCUCUUUGCAUGACAAUAUCAUAUAUAGCUGAUAAUCCUGUGAACUUUUUAGAAGAUAGGUGAUACUGUUGAAUAUUCAUCCAGUUAUUUGUUGAAGAAUUUCACGUCAAACGCAGUACAUUUUUUAGAGUAAACGGUGCUUACUUAAUGUGCCGUACAGUCACUAAUGUUUAACCCAGUCCUCCACUUGUUGAUUCGCAGAUUCAGGACCGAACUCCAGUUUUUUAAAGCAAUUAGUUCUUCUGGUAAUUUUGGACAAUGUAAUAAGAAGACGACAAUUAUCAGAACUGAAGUUUUUGUUGUUUCUGAGUUAGGUACUUCUUGAUUUAUUAGAAUGAAAUAUCUUAAUGUAGUGGACGAGAACACUAGUGAGGACAACCGAACGUGUCUGAACACAACAUAAAGUAUCUUAGUAAAAUCUGAGAACCAUACAGUAAAUACUUUGCAAAAUGUUAAUCAACUGUCAUAGACUUGAUCGUUCCUCUCAAUUCUCAUUCUAUUCGAUCUUAACCAGCCAUCUCACUUUCGAUUAGUGAUACAUACUGCUUAUAUCUGUCGACAUCAGUAGCACAUACCACAAUAACACUUAAAGAUGCCACUACGCUAUUGAUACACCGUUUGUCAGUGUUCCAGAAGGUGGGCUCGAGCCCCCCACAGAGUUUACAG